CAUAAUUUAAAGAUAAGAAAUUGUGAACUAUUACAAUAGGAGACAUGUUAACAUUGUUUUUGUCUUCUGUAGUUCUAUUUCUGACGUAUUCAGAUAUAGUCAACACUGAAUGCCCGUUAGGCUGGCAUCAUUAUGGAUCCUCUUGUUUUUUCUUUAGUACUGAAUCUUUUAAUUGGUUAGAUGCUGAGAGCAGUUGUCGGGCACAUAAUGCUCGCCUGGCUGAAGUUCAAAGCAAAGCACAGUCAGACUAUCUGAUAAAUAUGUCAAUAUCAGUAGGACCAGGUCAAAGCUAUUGGUUGGGUGCACGAGAUGAUAUAAUUGAAGGAACUUGGAUCUGGGCAUCGACAGAUGAGGUCGUAACCUAUACAAACUGGUUCCCUGGAGAGCCGAAUGGGGUUCGCGGAGAGAACUGCUUACACAUGUAUACCGGAGAAGGUCUGAAAUGGAAUGAUGUCAGAUGUACUUAUACAAACAGAUUUAUUUGUGAAAAAGAGUAUCCUGGAGACAGUUCUGAAAUAGUAGGAUAAGCAAAUGUCAAUGAAACCACAAGUCGUUUUGCUAAUAAAUUCUAUUAGGGAUUUUUUUU